AUGUCGCUGGGUUCUUGGUUCAGGUGGAAUGAGCCUUCGAGACGAAUGUCCCAAAGGAGCCCCACAGAAAUGGUGAUAGAAACCCUUAUGAUGGAGCUGGGCUGGCAAAUUAAGGAAGCUGAGAAACAGCAGCGGGACAGAGAGAAUGAGUACCGCAAGAUAAAGACAGGUGUGGACUAUAGCUGGCUGAUUAGCUACCAGAAGCACAACUAUGAUAUCAGUCCAGGGGAGCGUCUGCAACUGGAGGACUUGUGUUCCAAAAUCCACCCCUCCUACUGUGGUCCUGUUAUUAUCAGAUUCCGACAACUCAUUGCUGAAUACGAACCAGAAGCACCGGAGGUAUCUCGGCUAUUCCGUUCUGCUCUACAUGAUGUUCUUGAGAGGAUGAAAGAGGAAGAAGAGGCGAAGAAGCUUGCUAGCCAGUGGAACACAAAACACAAAACCAGCCUUUCCCUCACAACUUUCAAAACCCGUUCCAGGAUUUCCCCAUUCAGCAGUGAUAUCAAGACCAUUUCAGAAGAUGUUGAGAGAGGCACUGAUCCAACCAGGAGAGUAUGGAGCAUGCCAGAGUUCAGGAGCACCAGGGAUUACUGA